UGUUGUAAACAAACUCUCAGGUCAGAAAAUAUUUUAAUUUUCAAUAUCCAGAUGGCGUACAUAUGAAUAACUUACAAAUAUAAUUUUCCACAUUAUAGAAAAUCAUAACAGACAAUAUUUUGCCAAUCGGCAAUUAAGUACAAGUGACGAGUGAUGAUUAUCGAUGAAUACAAAAAAGAAUUUUAUUUUAUUUCAACAUUCAAUUAUUAAUAAUGAAUGAAGAAACGAAGACGCUGGUGAAUGCAAUGUGGUAUUUCAAAACAAAACAAAAAUUAAGGUCGAAAUAGGGUUAUAUGCUGAAUUUCUACAUCAUCAAUCUAGUUCGAAGUUGAAGAAAAUGUUUACCAAGUUUAUAUAUUUGUAUUGGAUUUCGAUUCUUUUACAAGAAUUGCGUAUGUUUCGUGGUUUGAUUUUAGUGAAUGAGGUUCAGUUGAACAGAGAACCAAUAUAUUGUACCUGUAUGCCCUACUGGCAAUGCCAUGAUAACUACACCGGGUUAUCAGAUAUAGUAACUGAAGUAGCAGAUGUUCGAUUAGGCAGUCCAGAUAUUCAACAAAUGAAAGAAAUCUCCACGUUCACGUGCAAGGAACAGUUCCAUGUGUGCUGCAAAAUAGAAUGCGGAAGACGAAGGCUCAGCAAUUACGUUUCAGAUGAAUAUGGGUUUGGAACUUCCUACGAAUUGUCGGGAAGAUCCUCGCUCUCCCCAUUUCUCAGACCUAGAAUUCUGGGCGGCGAUGAUAAUGAGGCCGAAUUUGGUGAGUUCCCGUGGAUGUUAGGAAUCCUUCGGAAUGGCACGUUCAAAUGUGGAGGUUCUCUAAUCCAUCCGCGAGUUGCUCUAACAGCAGCUCAUUGCGUAUACGGAAGGUCUGGAUCAUUGGAAGUCAGAGCAGGAGAGUGGGAUUGGCAAAUGCCGAAUGAAAAUCCACCGCAUCAAAAUCGAUUUGUGAAAAUGAUAAUAAUUCAUAACAAAUAUAUUCCUUCAACCGUACAGAAUGACAUCGCAAUGUUAGUAACUGAUGAACCCUUCGAUCUCACAUAUACAGUUGGUGUUGUAUGUAUACCAUUUCCAAAUACACAAUAUAGAGAUACUACAUGUACUGCAUCUGGAUGGGGUGAAAGUUCAUAUUAUGGAGGUGGCGAACAGACAAUUUUGAGGAAAACCGAUCUUCCCUUAGUCGAAAGAGAGGAAUGUACUAGAGCCCUACAAGAAGCACGACUCGGUCCUCGCUUCUUUUUGGACCAGAGCUUCAUUUGUGCCGGUGGAGAGGAAGAUAAGGACACUUGCAGAGGGGAUGGUGGCAGCCCUCUUGUGUGUCCUAUAAAAGGAAAAGAAGAACGUGUUGAACAAGUUGGUAUAGUCUCCUGGGGCUUGAAAUGUGGUUUGAAAAACACUCCAGGAGUUUAUGUAAACGUAGCUUUCUUCAGUGAUUGGAUUGAUUCUCAUAUGAGAAACCUAGGAUUUGAUACAAGUAUUUAUAGACAUAUUUUCUAAGUAAAUAUACUGCGAAAUUCA